AUGCGUCUUUACAAUGAUAACCAACCGAAGGAUGUCACCGCAUAUCCAGGUUAUGAUCCUGGAUACACCUCGCCACGCCCAGUUGCUCGUGUUAAACCGGAAGCAGAAGAGUUCGCAUGUAAAGCACGCGGUUCCCUAGAGCUGUUUGGGUCUGGUGAGCCGAAAGUCAUACGUGAACCAAAGCGCGAGCCGAGGUGCCAGACUGGCGAAGCCAUGGAUAACUACCAGCUAGGGAGAAAUGGAAUGGUGUCUAGCCUGCUUGGGGGUCAAGGAGGAGCUCCUCCUGUGUCUUCACGUGUGGAGCGCGUGAAACCGGAAGCAAGGGAAAUCGCUGAUGCUCAUUCUGGAAGUGGUACGGCUUCGUUGUUAACAAAUUAUGGCAAACUACCGAGAUCUGCACGCGCUGUACCACGUGUUAAACCAGAGGCGGAAGAAUUUUCUGUGGUACACAAAGGUGGAAAUAUGAACAACUUGUUGCAUGACCCACGCAAGAUACCACAGUCUGCUAGACCUGCUCCUCGCGUCAAAGAUGAAGCCCGCAAUACCGCGGAAAAGGAGGGGAAAUCCAUGAACAAAAUUUUGACCAAGUUCGCCGUAGGACCGAUCAGUGGGCGCCCGGAACCUCGUGUUAAAAGCGAGGCUCAAGCCACGGCAGACAUGGCAAAAGGUGGGCGCAUGAAUGAUAUGUUUACACAAUACGGCCGAAUGCCUUUGUCGGCAAAACCGGUGCCAAAAGUAAAGGGGGAUGGAGAGGACAACGCAAAUAUGGCGAAAGGAGGGCGCAUGUCUCGUUUAAUGCAUGAUAUUAACAAACUUCCGUCCGCUCCUCGGCCUGCCCCCCGGGCAAACUCGUCUGCAGCCAAGAGAAAUAUGAAAGCCCACCGCGGACAGAUGGCGUCUGUAUUUGCUCAACAAGGCAGUAGAACCAUCGCAAUGACAGCACCGCAUUAG